GAGUAAGAGCCGAUUUGCAGUUAUAACGUAUUUAAUGUUAAAGUUACAUUAAACUUAAAAUAUUGCUUAACCACCAAGAACAGGUACGUCGAGCUUCUUUAGCAAAGACACACAAUUAUGAAGAUGUGAUAACUACAUUGUAUAUAUAGACUUUGAAUCUUGCUAAUUUUCUAAACACAUAUACUAUAAUUUACUGUGUCUUAAACAUAGUUUUUUCUUUGUAGGCUGUUUCAACACCAUUACUAGAAAGGCAGUUGAUAUGUAGACAUAUGAAAGUGGAUGGCGAAUAUCUCACUUAUGUAGACAAUCGACACAGAGAUGUUGGACUGUACGUUGACAAGAAAGCAAUAGUGAUGGCAAGAUACUUCGAAAUUGAGAUACUGAGUUUAGGACGGAGUGGAACAAUUGCUUUGGGUUUAGUACCAGACGAUUACCCAGCAAAUAAUCAACCUGGAUGGGGAAAGAACUCUAUAGGAUAUCAUGCGGACGAUGGCCGGUAAGACAUUUUAACUAUGUAGUAAUGAUAAAUGUCAUAAUAAUGUCAUUUGCUGCAGGUGAUUUUAACGUGACUUUAUUAUUGUAAUUUUGCAUUAGUCACAUGAAAUAAACUGAAUAUAGGUGAGCUAGCGAAAUGCGUCUUAGAA